AUGGUUUCAUCAGAAGUACAAUCAUCUGUAACAUCAUUUUCUGAUCGACUCGAUCAACUAGAAACUGCUACAGAGUCACGCCGUAGUAAUAGUUUACGGAGUUCAUCUGAGUCAGAUCUAAUUGUUAAUAAUUCAUUUAUAAAUAAAUUAAAAUCAGGAGUAAAAUGGUUAAUAGAUCCAUUUCAACGAUUUUGCUCAUCGAAAACAAUAGAUCAUCAAGUACAUAAAUAUCAAUUUGAUUCUCAUUGUUUAAAACCAGAAUUUAAUCGCGUUAAUGGUUUAUUGAAAUAUUUCACUUUUGGUAUUAUGUUUACUAAUAGCAUAUUAGGUUUUAUUGUAUUUUUUAUUGGUUUAUGGAGUUCAUUCGAACACCGUAAAUUUAGUCAUAUGCCCAAGAUAAAUACAGCAGAUUCAACAUCUUUAAAUCCAUUUAAUUUUAUUGGAAUUAUACUUUGCAUAUUUGGCCUAUUAUUUUUUCUAUUAUGUAUAAUCAGUUGUUUAGGAAUAAAUCGAGAAAAUUUGAAGCUUCUUCGUAUUUCACUUAUUGCUCAAUUUGUAACAUUAAUUAUUUUUCUAACAUUUGCUAUUAUAAUAUUAAUAUGGGGAGAAACAAUUCGAAACAGAAUAAGUAAAACAAUGAUGAUUGGAUUGAAAAUACAUUAUCAUAUUGAUAAAGCAUGGACCGCUUUUUUCGAUAAACUUCAUAUGAGUUAUUUUUGUUGUGGUGUUUAUUCAUUCAAUGACUGGAAUGAUAAUCCAAACUACGCAUGUACAUCUUCCAAUAUUCUGCAAAGUCUUGAUGCUUGUUCUGUGCCUUUUACAUGUUGUAAAAUUCAACAAAAAGAAGUAAAGAACAACAAAUAUAUUGAUACAAAAUCUCUUUCUUAUACUUGUGGAACGAAUACCUUGCCAUCAAAUAAUACGACGAUAGAUAUGAACGAAAUUGAAGAACGUAUCAAUAUUAAUGGAUGUUUUGAUGAAAUAUUACCUGUUAUUCAACAAUUAAUUAUAACAGCUUCAAUAUUUAUGUUAUUGAUCUGUAUCAUUAUAUUCAUUACUAUUUUACUUACUUGUUUAUUGACAUUUGAAAUUCGUUUGACUAUAUCUAAUGUUAGACGACAUUGUCGGAAGAAAAAACAAACAGAUCAAAAUGAUUAUGUCGAAAAAGAAGAAGAAACGUUUUAA